AUGGCCUCGUUCGUCUCGCGCUCGCUGCGCCCAGCCGUUGUCCGCCGCUUUGUCUCGAUUCCCGUUCAACCCCUCUCUACAACCGUUUCACUGCGAUCCGACAACGUUUCUUCUCAGGAGUUUGAGGUUGGCGAACUUCAGGGCGCAAAGUUCAGAGUCGAGCCUCUGCGUCGAGUAGGCGAAGACGACGCCACCAAGCGAGCCCGCCUUGUCUACCAGUCACGAAAGCGCGGAACCCUCGAGUCUGAUCUUCUCCUCUCUACUUUCGCAUCUGCACACCUCGCAUCCCUGUCCCCCGAACUUCUCGACCAGUACGACCGUAUUCUUGAUGAGAACGACUGGGACAUUUACUACUGGGCCACCCAGAAGGAGGAACUCUCGUCGACGAACCCUUCAUCCGCCGACUCGCCAUCCACCAGCAACAUCGACGCUAAGCCAUCGGCAGACCAGGUUACUCGCCAGCCUCCCUCGGGCGAGUGGGCGCAGACCGUGGGUAACUUCAAGCCUGCUUACAGACCUGUGCCCUCGCGCUGGAAGGACAGUGAGAUCCUCGAGAAGUUGAGGGCUCACGUGCGAAGUCGCAGCGUCGAUGGUGGUGAGGGUGGCGGCAUGGGCUUCAUGCCUCCUCUUGGACCUUCUGAUGUCAAGAACUAA